AGGAUGUCUCAGCUCAGUCAAUCAAACGCUGUCUUGUUGAUUCUUUCAAGAAAACUGAUUCCGAUUUCUUGUCGCUUGCAGCAAAAGCGACGCCGAGUUGGAAGGAUGGCUCAACUGUUGCCAUCAUCAUGGCAAUAGAUAAUGUAUUAUAUUCAGGUAAUCUUGGUGACAGUAAAUCUGUUAUGUACAGGAGAAGUGGCAAGGGAGACACUGGAGGAGAGUCUGCCAUAGUAUCAGUUCCAUUAACUAAAGAUCAUACCUCUGCCAGUUUGGAGGAAAGGAAGAGGAUAGAAAAAUCUGGUGGAUUCGUUAGGGAAGGACGUAUAAUGGGUAUUAUGGAGGUCUCUAGGAGCAUUGGUGAUGGGAGGUUCAAGGGGUGUGGCCUCGUAGCAACUCCACACGUCUCACGAUGUGAACUGACUGAGAAUGACCUAUUUGUAGUGGUUGCUUGCGAUGGUUUGUGGAAUGUUUUUAAAAUGGACGAAGUAGCAAAGUUUAUACUAGCAGUAGUCAAUGACGAAUCUAUUCAGAAACCAGGAGAAGAUGAUAGAUUGAUUCAAGGCACUGAAGUUGUCAGUGAUAGGGAGUAUAGGUUUGAAGUGGCUUGUAAUAGGCUUGCAGUUGAAGCAGUUAAGAGAGGGUGUACUGAUAAUGUAACUGUUCUUAUUGUUGACAUUAUAAAAAAUAAUGAUCAUUAAGAAAUUAAGUAACAGUUAAAGCACUGGCUGGAGUGCCAUAUAUGAUUCAUUUUAUGCAA